UUUCGACCAUGCGUUCAAGACGUGGAGCUAUUGAAUACACAUCGCCCCGUGAUCAAUUUGAUAGAUUAUUAACGUUUACUAAUACCUAAAGUUGGAUUACAAAAGUAUUUCAAAGUGUUCUGUGAAAGUUUAUCGUCGACUUUUUUAAUAAAAAAAAAUGACGUUGCGUUUUAAAACGCUGUUUUUUCCUGGAUCACACUUUUCAUAGAUCAAUAUUUAGGGUAUAUAUGGACCGAUUUAAUCGAAAAAAAAGACCCAAUAGUGAUGUUUAUGGUGCAUAUAGGAGUGCCAACAAAGAAUCUCGUCAAAGUGCUGUUGAGUACACUGGUAUACUGUAGCCUCGGACAAGGUGGAGCUUCUCUCUCUCCUCCAGCCUCUCUCUCUCCUCCAGCCUCUCUGAGUGUCAGUCCUGACAGAUCUCAGUUCUUUGAAUUUGAGUCUGUCUCUCUGAGCUGUGAGGUUCAGGGGAACUCGACUGGAUGGAGAAUGAUGAGGAACGCAGAGAGAGGAAACCUUUCAGAGUGUAGUACUGACUGGGGAAAACAUCAAGGGUCUUCAUGCAUCGUGUCACUAACACCAUCAUCCAGUGGAGUGUACUGGUGUGAGUCUGGGUCUGGAGAACACAGCAAUGCUGUCAACAUCACAGUACAUGAUGGAGCUGUGAUCCUGGAGAGCCCUGCCCUUCCUGUGACUGAGGGAGAUUCUGUGACUCUGCGCUGCAGAUAUCAGGGAACUCCUUCUGACCUCACAGCUGUUUUCUACAAAGAUGGAUCCCUCAGGGCUGAGUCUUCAGGAGAGAUAAAUCCUGCAUUAUCCAAGUCAGAUGAAGGACUCUACAAGUGUUCCAGCUCGAAAGGAGAAUCACCAGAGAGCUGGAUGACUGUGACAGCAGAGGAAACUCUGUCUUCCUUUCCUGUGAUGGUCCUCAGUUUCAUCAUUGAUGGUUUUUGCGACUCCACAUGA